AUGGCGGUCUCAUUCCAGCCUCGCCUAUUCCUCAGAGCUCUACAGCUGCCAAUUCGUGGCGUCUCCUUCUCGUCCUUUCGGUCCUAUUCCAGCGUGAUUCAAGAGACUGAACGACCUCCCGUCGAAGAAAUCUCGUCCUUCGAUCCGAGUAUCACUUUUGCACCUCCUCCGACCCGAGAUGAAGCUGGCGUGCUAGUCAGAUCAUACAAGCCUCGAACUCCCGGUAUAAGACAUCUGCGACGACCGAUCAACGACCACAUCUGGAAAGGUCGCCCCAUACACAGGUUGACGUUCCCCAAGAGAGGUCAUGCCAAGGGUGGUCGUAACCAUUCUGGUAGAAUUACAGUGCGACACCGAGGUGGUGGUCACAAAAGACGAAUUCGAAUCGUAGAUUUUGCCAGGAACGAUCCAGGCCCACACGUGGUGGAACGAAUUGAGCAUGAUCCCGGCCGUACUGCGCAUAUUGCAUUGGUUCGUGCCAAAAACAAUGGGAAAUUGAGCUACAUUCUAGCCGCUGAUGGCAUGAGAGCCGGUGAUGUUAUUCAGAGUUAUAUGCCCGGUAUUCCAGAUGAUCUCUGGAAGAGCAUGGGCGGAGUUAUCGACCCUGGUGUUCUGGCCGCGCGAACAGCAUGGAGAGGCAAUUGUCUGCCUCUCCACAUGAUUCCUGUUGGUACCCUAAUCUUCAACGUCGGUUUACGUCCAGGAAAAGGCGGCCAGCUUUGCCGUAGCGCUGGUACCUUUGCUACAGUCAUCGCCAAGGGAACCGAACAACAGAAGAACGAGGAACGCAAGCAACAAUUAGAAGCCGAGGCCGGUACUGGAGAGACUGAACAAAAGAGGCUCACUCAGCGAGAUUACCAGAAAAUUAAACGGGAUGCCAACCAUGUCACGAUCCGUCUUCAGAGCGGUGAAGUAAGAUUGAUCCACAUGGAUUGCUGUGCCACAGUCGGUGUUGCUAGCAAUCCCAACUACCAGUACACACAGCUCGGAAAGGCUGGUCGUUCACGAUGGCUAAAUAUUCGCCCAACUGUGCGAGGUUUGGCUAUGAAUGCUAUGGAUCAUCCCCACGGUGGUGGACGCGGUAAAUCUAAGGGUAACGUGCACCCGAAGAGUCCUUGGGGUAUUCCGACCAAAUCCGGUUACAAGACUCGUCCCAAAUGGAAAAUCAACAAAGCCGUUGUCGUUCCCCGUGUGCGCAACCAAGGAAAGCGUCGCAGAGGCUACAACUAA